CUCCCAUUCCUCCCCCACCCCCUCCUCCUCCACCUCCUCCUCCCGUCCCGUUCCUCGACAAGGACCUCUGGCUAUCCCCCCGCCCUCCCCAUCCAGCAACGCAUCACACAAGAGGAGUGAGCAAGAGAGCGAGUCAGCGGCAGAAAGUGCUUUCCCCCGCCUCCUCCUCCAUCUCCCUGUCCUUCUCGCCCCGGCUGCGCAGAUAAUGCCCUUGGAUUCGCCGGCGCCAUACAAUGACAGCUCGAAUUUCAGUAUCUACUCGCACGUCCGAACCCGAGCCCCGGCGUCUGGGCGCCGCGGCGACAGCCACCCCAGCCCCAUCGGCUCCCCCGGGAGUCUGGCACCGGUAGCGCCGGCUUCCGGGGGCUCCCUCGGGCUAAAGCCGGCCGGCCAACCGCCCCUCUCCCAGCAGUCCGACGCCUUGCUUGGGUUCGCGCAUCAGCCUCCCCACACCCUCACAACCAACCAGAUCCUCGCCCGCAUGGCAAUCCUGCCGGAGCCCAUGCCGGCAGUGGUCUUCGAGCAGAUCCGCCGCUUCGACGCGAUUUUCUCCUCACAGAAAGCAGCCUUGGCAGACAAGCACAUGCCCGACCGCAAGCGGAUAUCAGACUCCCCCACACAGGGGCUCUCUCCUGGGUCCCUGGGGGAAACCACUGAUGCCGAGAGCCCCUCCGACAGUGGGGGUUCCAUUUCCAAGGGCACCGGCCUCCUGUCAAGCACCACGCCGCCAACGACAGCUGAGCACUCGCCCCCUCCGCUGAAGCGCCAGCGCAGCGACCGGCGUAGCAGCAGCACCGGCACCGGCACCGGCACCGGCACCUCGGCGGCCGAGGGCGGAGGCGCUUCGCACCCAAGCAGCCCGGACCUACGCUCCGUGGCGGCCUUUCCGGCGCGCGAUCCAUCGCCCCGGCGUCAUUUGGGAUCCGACGUGUCGCGAUUCCACCGGGGCGCCACCGCCCACGCAGGCGACUCGGGCACCGGUCCUGGCACCGCCACAAGCCGGCUCCGGCCGGACUCGGCCUCGGAAAUCGACACACUCGACCGGCCCCGUUCUCGAUCUCAAUCGGAUGCCACCCGCGAUCUUGAUCGGCCCGCGGCCUCGCGGCCCCGGCGUCCGGAAAUCCGCGUUACUCCAUCGCGAUCGCCCUCGCCGCGGCCGCGGUCGCGGUCGCGCACCCUCCGGUCUUGGUCACGGUCACGGUCACGGUCACGGUCACGGUCACGGUCGCCAUCGCGGCCCCAUUCCCAGUCCCAAUCGCGAUCCCGGUCGCGGUCGCCCCCGUCGGUGGCACGUCGUGCAUCGGCCUCCCGGCGGGGCGCGGAGCCCGAAAGCCGGCUGCCGCCCCGGCCGUCCCCCCGGUCGCGUGCCUCCUCCGACGAGAUGGACCAUCUCCGGCGUCCAUCCCCCUCUUCCUCCUCCUCUUCCUCCUCCUCUUCCUCCUCCUCCUCCUCUUCCUCUUCUGUGCCUUCCCGCGGCCGGCGUCCCUCGAUCUCUCCCUCCUCGCCUCGUUCUCGGCGAUCCAUUUCCCCGGGGCCUGUCACCGCGCGGCGUCGGCGCUCGGCCUCCCCCGUGCCUUCCUCCUCGAGGGGUCGCCGAUCGGUUUCCCCGGCAUCCGACCUCCGUCGGUCUCGGCACCCUCGCCGGGCCGCCGACCAGGUCCCCUUCAACUGGGAGUCCGAUGACGAGGCCCCGGAUGCGGAGCGCUUUGACCGGGCCCGAGCGGAUCAGCAGGCAUUCACAGCAACGGACACACGGCCCGCUCGUCCCAACAGUGCCCCCGCCGGGCGGCCCGCAGGACGGACCACAAACCGGGGCCUCUCUUCGGACCUCGACAAUGGCGGCAACAGCACCGACGAAGAGUCGGACACUCCUCGUGGUCGGGCGCGCUCCGGACCCACUCGAUUGGCGGCUAGCGAUGAUCGGGUCAGCCGGCGGGACCGUGUCAUUGGAAAUGGCCGAUCGCGGAGUGUCUCGCCCGGCGACCGGCCUCGCAAGCGUCCGGCCGGCACGCGUCCCGGCAGUCGGCUGCGCGACAGCUCGACUCACGACCCACGCGACGAUCCUCCCCCCCGGCAGGCACGCACCGGCCGCGUCUCGGGCGGGGAUGGCAUGUCGGCCGUGGCGCCGGCCAGUGCCGUUGGCCCGCCAUCCCCCGAGCGUGACCACCUGCUCCUGUCGAGGCAACUCCGCAGCCUCGGCGACGCGGUCAUCAGCACGCAAAUUUUCCUCCAGCGUUUCCGCGAAGCGCGCAACAUCCCGGCCAUGGUUACGCGGCUGCAGGAGCGCAUGCGCUCGGCCCCGGCCGACCGCGACUACAGCAGCGAGGGCCUGCUGCAAAUUCUUCGCCGGUACCUCUUUCUGUACUUGUGCUCGGCGGUCCUCUUUCUGCAGCACGACCAAAAGAACGCCACCCUCUGGCCGGCCUUCAGCCGGUACAUUUUCCGCUUGCGGAAUCAAGGCUACGACCUCAUUCAGCAGCUGGGUCUGGCCGAUGUGGCUUCAGCCAACGGGCGGGCUCUUGCAAUUAGUCUGCAGCUUCUCAGCCUGAUCACCUCCUGCUAUCUGAAAGCCCACUUCUCACUUCGUGUGACGCAUCUCCUGCAAAAGCGCAUCCCCUCCGACCCGAUCUGCUCUCUGGACAUGGACGAGGAUGAUGAACCGGCUGAGCAGCUGGCUUCGUUGCUGCUCGGCUGUGACACGUCGGCCGACUGGGCUCUCGUAGCCGGGCUCAGGCAAGACCACACAUCCAUCUUUCAGCAGCUGUUCGGCCGGCUCCGGCCAUUUUCUCUCCAUGACCAGCCAUCCGCCUUUGGGACCUUCGUCGAAGAGGCCAUCGAGCGUCUCAACCAGCUGCAUCCACCUACGAGUCCAGCCGACCUGGCCAGUGAUGACGCGCUCUUUCGCACCGGCCCGGUUCCAGACUUCAGCCCUCUGAACCAUGUCCAACUCCGGUGAUCAGCCGCGUCCCCCAUAACCUUCACCAUGGCUGCCCUCUGCCUUGCUCCGAAGCUGGGAGAGGGAGAGCAUUGCCCGCUGUGUGUCUUGCACCACCACUAAAAAUCGUCCUUGUGAGUGACACAAAGAGA